UUUUAUAUAUUUUUCCUCUCAUGCAUCCAUUGUGUGGCUUGUAAAUCUCCAUCCCUACCACUUCCCUUAGUAGCCUCCAAUGGCAAGCUCUGUAAUAACCCCACUUCUUUGUUGAGGGAGGGCGCGAGAGAGAGACUCGGAUCCUGAACUGUCGUAUGAAUCUGAAGAUGGGUUCUCUGUUUUGGCAAAUGGGGCUGUGUUUUUGGGUGUUUGUCUUUGGUUACAGCUUCUCUACUGUAAAUGCAGAUACUGCAGGAGGAGGAGCUAAUGUUGAGGGCACUGUUUUCAUAGAUGGGAAGGCUCACAUUGGAAAAAUUGAUAAUGAUUUUGUCUGUGCUACCUUGGAUUGGUGGCCUCCUGAGAAAUGUGACUAUGGAACAUGCAGCUGGGGUCAUGCUUCUCUCCUCAAUCUGGAUCUUAAUAACAAAAUCUUGCUAAAUGCCAUAAAAGCUUUUACUCCAUUGAAACUCAGAUUGGGUGGUACUUUGCAAGAUAAGGUCAUAUAUGAUACUGAAGAUCACAGGCUGCCCUGCACUCAUUUUGUUAAUGACACUUCACAGUUGUUUGGUUUCACUCAGGGAUGCUUGCCCUUGUAUAGAUGGGAUGAACUGAACACCUUCUUCAAGAAUUCUGGGGCUGUGAUUAUUUUUGGAUUGAAUGCUCUCUCUGGAAGAUCUAUUAGGCGUGAUGGUUCUGCUGUUGGAGCUUGGGACUCCAGAAAUGCUGAAUCUCUUAUUCGUUAUACUGUCAAAAAGGGCUACCAUAUUAGUGCUUGGGAACUCGGAAAUGAAUUGAGUGGGAGUGGAGUUGGAGCAAGAGUUGCUGCAAAUCAGUAUGCAUCUGACACAAUCUCUCUGCGAAACUUGGUGCAAGAUAUUUACAGUGGCGUGGAGCCUAAGCCACAAAUCAUAGCACCCGGGGGAUUUUUUGAUCAAAAUUGGUUCAAAGAAUUCUUAGAUAAAACAACCAAAUCCUUGGAUGUGAUCACCCACCACAUUUAUAAUCUUGGGCCAGGAGUUGAUACACACCUUAUUGCAAAGAUUCUUGAUCCAUCCUAUCUUGAUGGUGAGGCUAAUACAUUCAGCAGACUCCAAAGCAUCAUCAACAGCUCUACUUCUUCAGCAACUUCAUGGGUUGGUGAGGCAGGAGGAGCCUAUAAUAGUGGCCGUAAUCUUGUCACCAAUGCAUUUGUGUUUAGUUUCUGGUAUUUGGACCAGCUGGGCAUGGCAUCAGCUUAUGAUACCAAAACAUAUUGCAGACAGACAUUGAUAGGUGGAAACUAUGGUCUACUCAACACUAACACCUUUGUACCAAAUCCAGACUACUACAGUGCUCUUCUAUGGCACCGAUUGAUGGGAAGAAAUGUCCUAUCAACAAGUUUUUCAGGGCCUAAGAAAAUACGUGCCUAUGCUCAUUGCGCAAAACAAUCUCAAGGGAUCACAUUACUAUUGAUCAAUCUAGACAAUAGCACCACAGUUGAGGCCAAAGUCGCCUUCAAUGGUACUUCAACUUUGCAACAUAAACACAAGCUUCACAGGUUGCAUAGGUUGCACAAAUAUCGCCAUAGACACAGGAUUCAUAGAACAAAGGUUAUUCGGUUUGAAGGUUCCAAAACAAGCGAAAUGGAGAGGGAGGAAUACCAUCUAACAGCUAAGGAUGGGAAUUUACACAGCCAAACUAUGCUACUUAAUGGAAACAUUUUGACCGUAAAUGCAUCUGGAGACAUACCUCCUCUGGAGCCUCUGAAUGUAAAUUCAUCGAGUCCCAUAACCAUUGCUCCAUUCUCUAUUGUGUUCGUGCAUAUGCCAAGUGUUGUUCUUCCUGCUUGCAGGUAGGUGAGUCCAAAUGGGACUGAAAUUGGUCCCAUUUGAUCAUUAAUCAAAUAAUAAUAAAAAAAAAAAUAGAAUACAAUGCAAAAUUUUCAA